GUUAAUGGUAAAAUCUUACGAGGACAUAAUUGAAAAGCAAAUUUGUAUGGUCAAUAGUUAUUGCAGUGAAGUUGCCAUAAGAAACACUUAAACUUAUUCGUUCAACGAUAUCCUUAGACGUCGAAAAAGAAAUGGAACACAUUCACUGUAGGAGCAGAUCGACGACGUGCAACACGUUUCGAACAGGCAAACAUAUCAGUAAACCUUCCGGUAAGCAGAACUGAGUGAAAUCGUGAACCAAGCUCAUUCGGCUUAGAUCAGUGAACUCGGUGUGGAAGAAGUGCCUGUAGCACUCCAGUAGAGCAGUUCUACGGUUUAAAUCGAUCUCUUAGACAGACAGUAUUUUCUUCCAUUCUAACUGAUCCUUAAAAACCUUACUUGAAGUUUCGUGAAGGCAGUCUGUAUCUCUUAGCUUCCGUGUCUGAGGGGUGCCGUAAUGCUUGUGGCACGUGCUCAGAGCUGCUUCGUUUACUUACUGAGUUUGCUACAUCAGAAUUGCUACUCUCACAAAGCAUUUCCUCCCUCAUUCUUCAUACCUGGCUGAAGAAAGAAGCAGAAUUUUUUGUUUUACAUAAUAGCUGUUAACGAUGGUAGGACUUAACUCAAAGAAGAGUAUCCAUAUAGCCUGCCAAAUAGUUCUGAUAUUGGGUUUUGGAGCUAGUGUUUGUUUCGGUAGCUUCAGUUUGUUUUUACGAAGAGAAGAAGUUCACAGACUGUUAGGUUUGAACUCUGAGUUAUACUACGUGCGCGACGGAAAAGUGAAUACCUACGCCCUAGGAUUUGAAGUAGUUGUACCAAAUGAAAUAUCUGAGCUUCGUUUUACUUGGGAAAGUUUGAUUCAUCAGAAGCUACAGUAUUCUAUGGCAGUACUGGUCAAUAAGACAGAAGCCCUGGGAACGCCACAUCUGGAUAUUCCCAGAAAAGGUUUAGUGCCAGAAGAGCAAGAGGUGUUUCAAGUCUCGCUGCCAUGCACAGGUAAACAAAGUGAAGAAGUUGACGUAAGAAUUCAAAUCAACGUGACCACAGAAAGCCAAUUAAACGUUACAUUUCUGACAUUGAAACGAAGAAAGAUUUGUCUGAAAG